AUGACUUAUAGGCCACCCUAUACUACUCUGGCUAACAUCAAACAAGAACACGGUGAGUCUUUACAAGACUAUUUUAAACGAUUUAAUGCUAAAGUAACAAAAGUCGAGAAGGCUCCCGAGUCUUCGCUUGUUUGUAUGUUAAUAACAAGUGUCCUGCCAAGAACCGAUUUUUGGAAGGACUUACAAGGUCGAAGACCAGAAUCACUAGUCAAGUUCUUCGCUAUGGCCGAACCGCACAAGAGAAUUGAGAAUUCUCUAUCAGAAUUGGAAAAAGGCAAGGACAAGCGUAAGUCACUAGUGUCGCGAUCGCAAUCUCGCAGUCCGCGAGGGAAAAAUUCCAAAGGUCGAAGCCCUAGAAGACGCAGCCCACACAGACAGCGAAGCCCGAAGUUGGCCAAAUCUCCUCCAAAGAAGGAGUCUUUGCCGAAAAGGAAAGGUGGACCGCGCUUCAUGAACUAUACCGAACUCGCGGUGCCACGUGACCACAUCUACGCAAUUGAGGAAAAGAACGGAGUCUUCAAGAAGUCGCCCCCGACCAGGGGAAACCGCGACAAGAGGGACCCCAAGAAAUUUUGUAAGUACCAUAAAGAUAUUGGUCACACUACUCUAGAAUGUUGGGUCUUGCAGGAUGAAAUCGAAGAGCUGAUCCGGAGGGAAAAAUUCAACAAGUAUAAAAGGAACGAGGAAGGUCAUCCCCGAGCAGAUGACAAAGAAGAAAACUAG